AUGACUCCAGUCGUUGGCAUGGUUUUUGACACGGUAGAUGCUGCCUACAUUUUCUACAAAGCAUAUGCACAGGCGGGUGGCUGGACUGUAAGGAAGGGAACGGAGCAUACAAAUCAUGGUGUUACAGUAAAUAAGUAUUUUGUAUGCUCAAAAGAGGGCCAUAAAGUUUUUAACCCUGUUGACACUUUAUCCGAUCAGCCUCCUAAUAGAUGGGUAUGUAGGGUACCAUCAAAGAGGACUGGUUGCCAAGCGGAGUUUCGAAUAAAGUUGAACGAUGAUAAGAAGUAUGUGUUAUACUACUUUACAGAGGCGCACAACCACGCUUUCGUGCAUGAAGAAGAUCUCCACUUUCUCAGGGAAAAUAGAAGCCUCACCCGUUCGCACGAGGAUAUGAUAAAGAAGAUGUCCAACUUGAAUAUUGGACCGGUUCAAGCAUUCAACAUCAUGAAGGAGUUGUGUGGUGGUUUUGAUAAUGUCGGGGCGACUAAAUGUGACUUCAAAAAUUUUAAAAAAGAACUCAAUGUGUUUAUUGGUGAGUUUGAUGCAGAGAUGCUUGUCAAGCGGCUAACUAGGAAAAAAGAGUUUUUACCUAAUUUUACGUGUGAAUACCAAACUACUCAGGAAGGUGUCUUGAAGUGUCUGUUCUGGGCUGAUGAGGACAUGAAAAGAAAUUUUUAUAUGUUCGGUGAUGUUGUGUCCUUUGAUGCCACGUACAAGCGAAACAAGUAA